UUUUAUACAGCGUAAUGCACCAGAUGUUCCUGAACACACAUUAACCUCGUCUCCGCAGAGCAAAUUUUGUUGUUUUCUUGGUGAGAGAGAGAGAGAGCAAACUGUGCACGGGGAGGGAGCCAGGGAGCUACAGGGAACCAGGACGCCGCUGUGUUGUUAUGCCAAAACACUCAGCUGCGGCUUGUCAUACCCAAGUGUGUAUGACAGCCUGUGUGGUGACAUGGUGGUGUCUGUGGCUGACUGUGGCAGGCAUGGAGGUCUGGGGAGGAGGAGAGGAUGGGGAAAGAGGAGGAAGAGAGGAGAGGUCCCUUCAGCAAAUCCCCUUAGGAACCUCAGGAUUUCCCUUACCUGUGGAUAUUGACCCCAUUCCUUCAGGCCCCAGAGAACAGAUCAACCAAGUGACAUCCUUCAUUGAUGGGUCGGUGAUCUACGGGUCCAGCAAGGAGGAGAGUGACGAGCUGCGUGCCUUCUCUGGCGGCCUCCUCAAGGUGCAGCGCGGCCCGGCAAACACCCAGAUCCUCAUGGCCGACACCAACCAGAUUGACUGCAAGACCUCAGGAAGAUUCAAAGCCAGGUCACGCAAGACUCGGGCAGCAGACGGCCAGCUCAAAGACAUCGAGUCAGGUUCCCCAAACAACGUACUGGAUUUGAUGGAGGUUCUGCCUAACACUGACGUCAGCGAUAUCACGGAAAUUCCUAGCGUGUUUGAGCGUGACGACCAGACACUGCCCUGCGACCACACUUUGCGUUUCCGCACAGCUACAGGGUGGUGCAAUAAUCUUAACUUCCCGUCCUUCGGCAAGUCGUUCAGGGCAAAAAGUCGACUCCUACGUCCUUCUUAUGAAAACUGUGAGUGUCUGUCUGUCUGUAUGUCUGUGUAUGUGUGUAUAUAUAUGUGUGUGUGCAUGUGUGUGUGUUGGUAUUUGGGAUAGGUCAAGAAAUUAAGUGUUUAAGUUUGAUGAAGUAAGGGAUAAAGUCAAGAGUAGAUCAGAU